AUGAAAAAUUCCGAAGUGACGUCAAAAGAUAAAACAACUGAAGAAAGACAAUUAAGACUAGAAAUGAACAGGGCUGCAGCCAUGAGAUCAAGGAACAAAAAAAGAAUGGAAAUGCUCAGACUUAAAUCACUAGUAGUCGACUUAAAUAACGAAAAAGUCCUCCUAGAAUUGAAGUUACAGCAGUAUGAGAUGCUAAUGCAAGCAAGCUAUGGCGAAAAUAACAUGCUAAAAGUCGAGAUGACCCAGCUCAUGCUCGAAAACGCUGUUUUAAAACAGAAUUUAAAGUGUUAAUUUUAAGUUCAAGUUUAAGCUAUGAAACUUCUUGUAAUUCCCAUUCCCUGGUAGCCUCAAUUUGGACACAGUACUGAGUAACAGUAGGGAAGACCGGCCUAACCAUUAGACCUAUUUCAGUCCCCAAGUCCCUUAGGACCUCUCUAUCUGAAUCAGGAUCAAUGCAGAGCACUUCUCUUGAAGCCAAGACUCUCAAGAAGAUUAGAUCUUCUUUCACUGAGCUCGAUGGUAGGAAUGUGGCCCUUCCUCUAAAUGCCACUUUUCUAUUAUGAGUGCUAA